GUGAAAAGGUUGACCUCCUUGUCGCCGAAGAAGCCCACACCGAUACAGUAGUCGUUGGCAACCCCAUCCAACCUCACAAAGAUGGAGGGACGGUCACAAUGUGAUAGCGAACAGUUGAGGGAAUUGGAGCUGCAGAAUCAACCGUUUGCUACGCUUGUGUCGCUUAUGCUUUCAUCACAAACAAAGGAUGAAGUCACCGAUGCUGCAGUAAAGCAACUGCGUGCUGCACUAGGCGGAAGUAUAUCCGUGCAAUGUAUGAUUGACACGGAAGACAGCAGUGUUUCAGAAGCUAUCUCCAAGGUCGGAUUUUGGAGGCAGAAAACAGUGGGUUUUGUCUUGAUCCCAUUCAUUGACAGCAAUAAAGCUCCGAGACGAGUUUGAUUCAGACGUCCCGAAAACUGUUGAUGAGCAGUGCUCUCUACCGGGAGUCGUCCCAAGAUGGCCUUUCUGGCGCUUCAAAUAGCUGGAAUCUUAACCAUGGUAUCGGUGUUGACGUACAUGCCUAUUUGGAUAACGAACCGUCUAGGGUGGCAUAAGCUUCCGAUGAAAACCCAGAGGAG